UCUAACAUUCCGAUUAACAUAGUCAUGCAUUUGAGUUACAAAGAACAAGGCUUACUUUUGUUGACUUUAAGUUGCUGGUUCUGUACAAUACUUUCAUGUCAACCUGGUCAGCUGUGUCAGUGGACAUCCUGGCACCCAUGGGCGGCAUGCAACACGACCUGUGGGUCGGGCGUACAGUCCCGAUGGCGGGGCGUGUGUUGCGAUGACCAAAGCAAUCUGGACUUCUUGGGAUGCAUCGCGCACUGUAAUCUCAGCAGAACACAGUAUAGGGAAUACCAAACCUGUAACGAUGUAUCAAUGUGUACUCUGGAUAAAAGGCAUACGUUUCUGUCAGGUGGUGCAGUAGCCGGCAUUGUGACGGGUGUUAUUGGAAUCGUAGUUGGUGCUCUUCUGCUGAUCGUCUUUAUUAAACGUUGGAAACGAAAACAAAAUCGUAGAAUCCGUCUUGUGGCCACUGUACAGGGCGACACACUCAGUCCGAGGAAGAAGGACGAGAGAGGAGUCUGUCAGUAAUUAAUUUUCCUGUGAUAUUGAAACACUUUCCUGUGAUAUUACAACACUUCCCUGUAAUAUUGUAACAUUUUCUUGUGAUAUUACAACAUAUUCCUGUAAUAUUACAAGACUUUUCUGUGAUAUUACAACACUUUCCUGUGAUAUUACAACACUUUCCUGUGAUAUUACAACACUUUCCUGUGAUAUUACAACAUUUUCCCGUAUUAUUACAGGCUUACAGCUUUUUCCUGUGAUAUACAUAUAACAUUGCUUUCCUGUAAUAUAAUAACACCUCAUGAAACUAACUUUUCAUUUACGUUUUAUUUCAUUUUCUCUAACGGUAUAUUGUUUAUAAUCAAAAUUAAUUUAUUUGAUUUAUUUUUCGUUAUAUACUAUGUUGAAAAUAAUGGCAGUUCUAUUCAUCAAAUAUUUGAUAUGAUUAAUUAUGCCCUGUGUGUGUUACGUUUACUCAUCUCAAAAUAUAAUCGGAAAUGUUUUUUUCACGGCCUUGUGAAACAUCUUCUAAUGACUUUUGUACUACUUUCAAUA